GGAAGGUACAAGGGACGGCGGUGGCGGCGGUGGCGGGCGUGGCCGUGCUGCGAAGGCCGAGCAAGAUGGCGGAGGGCGACAACAACAGCGUCUACCAGCUGGCUGCAGAAACAGCUAGCUUGGAAGAGCAAUUGCAAGGAUGGGGAGAAGUGAUCUUGAUGACUGAUAAAGUUCUUCGCUGGGAGAGAGCCUGGUUUCCUCCGGCGCUGAUGAGUGUUGUUUCAUUUUCUUUCCUGAUGAUCUACUACUUGGAUCCAUCCGUUCUCUCAGGUGUCUCCUGCUUUGUUAUGUUCAUCUGUUUGGCUGAUUAUCUUGUUCCUGCUCUUGCACCCAGAAUCUUUGGCUCCAACAAAUGGACUACAGAGCAGCAGCAAAGAUUCCAUGAGAUUUGCAGCAAUUUGGUCAAAUCUCGUCGCCGAAUUGUUGGGUGGUGGAAACGUCUUUUCGCGCUGAAGGAAGAGAAGCCUAAAAUGUACUUCAUGACCAUGCUUUGUUCUCUUGCUGUGGUUGCCUGGAUUGGACAGCAAGUUCACAACCUCUUUCUGACAUAUCUUAUUGUAAGUUUCUUGCUGCUGUUUCCUGGACUGAACCAGCAUGGGAUCAUUACAAAGUAUGUUGGAAUGGCAAAAAGGGAAAUAAACAAACUGCUCAAGCACAAGGAGAAGAAAAAUGAGUGAAGACUUAAGUGCUGUUUGCUCUUGUAGAAGGUUUUCUUGGGAACAGUUUUGUGAAUUAAUGUAUAAUUAAGAUAAUAGAAGUUGUAUUGCUCACUGGCUUACCUUUUUUAUUGGCUCCAAUGAAUUGAAAAUGUCACUCUAGCAUCUGCUAUGGGUUUGUCUCUCUUGUGGGGUUCUGUAUCUGAUUUCAUAUGAAAGAUCUUAACCUUUGACAUGUGGAGCUUAAAUUCUUCACCAAUUUAAGAGGCCUCAUAACUACCCUAUCUCAAAAACUUACUGCAAUUGAUCACAGCAUUUCCAUACCUGUUAGCUUCACCAGUUAAUGGUUUGUGGUUACAGCAAGUACGAAGGCGUUCUGAAAUCUUGCACUUCUGAGCAGCUUCUUACUACUGAGUCUUGUGGAAAGAAGACAAACUGAGUAAGUGAUGGUAUUUGAGCGUGCCUGCCCUCAUGAGGGGCAGGAGGUGGUCCUGUUGUCUCACUGAAUGUUUGCUUUCUGUGGCAGCAUAUGCCAGACUGCCUGCUGAACUGGGAUCUGGAGUACAUAGAUUUCUGGUAGAGUUAUUUAGCUGUAGUACAAACUUCAGUUUGUUGCACUGAGACUGUAGAGAGCGAGUUAAGGUGUGUGUGUGACCUUACAGCUGAUUGUUCUAAAAACUGCUGUUAUGGAGCCAUGUAGCACGUUUGGUUUUAUGAAUGUUGUCUGUGUACAAAAUCACUCUGGAUACACUCGGUCUGUCCAUUGUAAAUAAGGCUGAGUGUUGUGCUUUUCUAUCUCCUCCCCUCCUUUUUUUUAAAAAACAAACAAACAAACAAGCAACUUUUUCUUUGAAAAGCUAAAACCUGUGUUAAUGCAUUUUAAAAGUUUACUGUUUUAAGAUGAAGUCUCCUCAGUGUAUUGUAACUGUUGAAUAGGUAAAUAUAGACUCAUGAGAAACUUC